CAAGAGCGGGGGAGAAGGAGACCAGCACCAGAGCAGAAAGGACCAAGAGGAAAACCCAGCUACAGGAAGCAAGGAAAUCCAAGGAUGACCCUGCCUGUGGAUGGUGCACCUGGCUGCAGCAGCGCGUCUCUGGGGGGCGCUGUGUGUGGGAGCCCGGGGGUGUCGGAGGGGUGCCCUCUCCUCGGGGCCGCGCCGGAGCCGCGCCGGGAGCCCCUGAGCCAGGCGGAGCUGGAGAGGGAGGCGGGGGGGCCGGUGUGGCGGGCCCGGCGGGCCCGGCUGGUCCUGCUCUUCUGGCUGGGCUGGCUGGCCAUGCUGUGUGCUGCCAUCGCCACCAUCGCCCAGGGCCCGUGGCCCCGCGCCCCGCGGCGGCCCUGGUGGCAGGGGGCGCUGUUCUGCCAGCUGCAGCCCGCCCUGUUCCUUGACUCGGACCGGGACGGAGUGGGCGACAUCAAGGGCCUCCAGGAUGGUCUGCCCUACCUGCGGUCUCUGGGUGUGAACGCCCUGCUCAUCGGGGGCCUGCUGCCCCGGGGGGAGCUGGGGUCCGUCUCCAACCUCACCCACAUCAACCGGACUCUGGGCACCGAGGCCCAGUUCCAGGAGCUCCUGGCCCACUGCAGCACAGCGGGCGUGCGCGUCUUGCUGGAUCUCUGCAACGUCUCCCUGCCACAUGGAGUCAACCUCCCUGACGUCUCCCGUAUUCCGAGGGACAACUCCAGGAGAGACGGGCUCCCAGUGCAGCUUGGCGCUCUGAAGAGGGCUCUGCGGGUGUGGCUGGAGAGAGGGCUGGCUGGGUUCACAAUAUGUGACACGGAUCCAUUCUAUUCAGAGCAGACUCUGCAGGAGUGGAGAGACGAGGUGAAGCGCUUCAGCUCUGAGGACAACGAGAGGAUCGUGGUGGUGUGGCGCGCUGACGCCGCUGUGCAGUCCGUGCUCGGAGACCCAGGCCCAGCAGGAAACAGCUCGUUGGCUGAUCUCACCGUGCGCCCCCUUCUGCCGACUGCGGAGCACAACCUCACCGAACAGGAAGUGGCCGUCGCCGUGGAGACCGUGCUGCAGAGGCCGCAGGAGCCGUGGCCUGGCUGGACGAUGGGGGCUCCUGCAGUGGGACAGCUGGCGUCCGAAUCGGGGGAGCUGCAGAGACUCCUCACCGUCCUGGUCCUCACGCUGCCCGGCACGCCCGUUGUCCUCUACGGAGACGAGGCUGGCUUUGGCCAAUCGAAGAACGGCACCACUGAUGCCUGGCUCACCGCCAUGGACUGGGGCUGUCUGCCGAGAUCCGGAGAAACAGGAGAUUGUACAGGGGCGCCAUCGGUGGAUUCAGUGGAGGGCCGGAGGCAGGCCAGGUGCUCCCAGCUGCAGCUCUUCCGCUCCCUCAGCCACACCCGCUCGCGGGAGGGCGCCCUGCUCUUCGGCAGCUUCGCCCCUCUCCCCAGGUCCCGCGUCUGCUCCUCCCCCUCCUGCUCCGUGCUGGGGUUCCUGCGCUCGUGGGCCUGUGUGCGUUUCCUGGUGCUCCUCAACUUCGGCCCUGGGCAGGGCCUGCUGGAGCCGGGGUGGGCCGCCAGCCUGCCCCCCCGCGGCGUGGUUGUGGCCAGUUCGGGGAUGGACCGGCUCGGGGCGAUCUCUCUGGAAACACUGUGGCUCGCGCCGCAGGAGGCCGUGGUCAUCAAGCUUUUUGAGCCCAACAGUUUCUCCUAAAGCACAGCCCCUGACAGUCCAGGAGAGCACGGGCUGGGAACAAACUGGGCUUGCUGGUUUAAACUCCCACCCAGCGGUGACUCAGAGUUACCAUGGUUUCACUGUGCUUUACCACACGUAAAUAUAACUUUUUAUAAGUUUAUAACUUAUACUUAUCUUUUUCUAAAGUAAAUCAUGAGCUCAUCCUUGUGUAGGACCAGGCACAAUGCAGUGACCCCUCUAAAACCUUGGAGAUUCCCUCUAGUCUCACUGGGGUUCCCCUAUUACCAGCUGCCCGGCGUGGAGCAUUGCUCUGAGCUCGCUCCUGCGAGUCUCUCUUUCACAGGUCAAGUUUUUCUGAAUGGAGGCUAUGAGCUGCUUCACCUGGGUGAUUCCCUUCUUGAAGCCGAGGCCCUUCUGUGUUCACUCGCACCCUCACUCAUUAGAGCGCAGGCAGCCAACAGUUAUUAAAUCUGCGUCUUUGUAAAAGACACAGCAAGAGGCACAUGGGAAUACUUUUUUAUUUUUCCAUGUUUCAGAUAGAAUUUUUUUCCACCUGCACUUCCUAAGUGUCGAUGCUGCGUCAGCUUUGCUGAGUGAUUCAAGCUUUGCUUUGAUUUGAACUGUCAGGCAGAGCCAAGUGAGGUCAGAGGGGCUGGUCUGGAGAGACUGCACCACUCACAAGAACCACCAGGGGGCAGUGGCAGCUAAAAAAUAGCAACAGCCACAGAGCGCUUCUGUUGGAAACAGCCCUGUUUAUCAACUUCCCCCCGAAUUUCUUAGAAAAAAGAACAAUAAAUUUAAACGGCUUAAAUCCGAACCUAGUUAUGAUUAAUUGGAAAAAGGAAAUACUUCCCUGUAGCACUGUCUACUGACUGCAUGUUUACACUACGAGUUACUACUGUAUACUCCAUUUAAUCGAAAAGAACAGUUGAGCCAGUCAACCAUGUUUCCUAGCAUUCUUAAGGAAUGAGGGCCUGUGACUGAUGCUUUAAUUAAUAAAUCGUCCCAAGAUGAAAACUGUCCAUGACAGGAGGCUCUGCUUUGGAGGAAAUGCUCUGUAACUAAUGACACUUCGCUGCACAAUAAAAGGAUGUCUGACACAGGGAUGAGUUCUCCUGGAGUUUGGUAGUUGUGCCUGUUGAGGUCAUUAAACAGCCUUGUUUACACA